AUGGCAACACGAGAUCAGAUUGUGAAGCUUAUUGUGGGAGCUGGUAAAGCAAGUCCAAGUCCACCGGUUGGUCCGGCUCUGGGUAUUCUCAAGGAGUUCAACGCAAGGACAGCUCACAUCAAUCCCGGUGUUCCCAUUCCAGCUCGAGUCACUAUCCGUCCCGAUCGAACCUUUUCAUUCGAGUUGAGGACUCCUACCACAGCAUAUAUGUUGCUGCAGGCUGCUGGCGUGAAAGAAAUCAAAAAUAAAAUACGAGGCGCAAGCAGACCAGGACACGAAAGUGUGGGCAGUGUCACUUUGAAGCACGUCUAUGAAAUAGCCAAAAUAAAACAGUCAGAGCCACGCCUAUCGGGCUUGAGUGUCCAAGGGCUAUGCAAGAGCGUGAUAGCACAAGCCAACUCAAUUGGAGUCACGGUCACGGCAUGA